AAACCAUGUCUGUUACUGGGAGAUUUGUUCUUUUCUAAUGUUUAUGAUGUCACAUUACCACCUGCUGUUUCUUUUUGAUCCAUUGAUGUACAAAUGCUGUAUGAGAAUUGCCCUAACAACCUGAACUUUGAAAUUUGGUGAAUCACAGCCAUUAAAGGCGUGACAUCAUCAAAGUGUCUAGUGUACACAAACGUCUGAUUCAGAUAAACACGUCGGCUGAUCGGUGUUUAUGCUGAUGAAGUAAUGUGUUGCCUGAUUUAAGGUUUGUCAAGCUGCGGAACAAGAUGGCGAAUGUUUUUGAUUCAGUUUUAAGCAAUAUAGGCUGGGAUGAGAGCUUUGCUAUCCCCGAGCCUAACGCUGAAAACAAGGCUUUGCUAGAGGAGAUUCGAAUCAAAGAGACAAAGCUCACACAACUGAAAAACAAACAUGAGAGCACAAAAUCUCAAAAGCAGUUCAUCAAUGAAUUUCUCAGAAAUGGCAAACAGGAGCUGGAUCACAUUGAUGCUUUGUGUAAAGCCAAAGAAAGAGAACGUGAUUUGCAGAACCACCUCACUGCCCUAGCAGUCAGCGAGGCAAGUCGUUUGACACAGGAUAUUACCAAAAUGGAAAAGGAGCUCCAGUAUUUUGAAGAGCGGGGCAAACACUUGGGUGGCAACAUCCUCAAGACAAAAGAGAAGCUCGAGGAGUUCAAAGAGCAGAUGAACUGGGACCAGCAGGCAAUGGAUACCUUUUUAGAGGAGUCGGCACGGAAAGAUAAGGAAACGAUGGCCAUCAUCAAGUAUUCUCAACAAGAUGAACAGAAGAUCAAGUCUCUCUCUCUGGCUAUGGAAAAGAGUAGCCUGGAAGCUAAUGAAAAGCGCAAACUCUUUGAGCAGAAGUAUGCAGAGACAGUUUCAACACAGCUUGCUUUGGACAAGGCUGCAGAGAUCUUGUGGCAGGCCCACCAGGAGACGCAGCAGCUGAUUAAACAAUGGGAAAACACAGUCAUGCAGAUGCAGAAACGUGAUGCAGAGAUGCAGCAGUGCGCAGAGCAACUUGAGCAGUCCAAGCAGAACAUCCGCGAAAUGAACGCCACGAUUACAGUGAGGAUGCAAUUCCUGGAAACCCAGAAGAAAAACAACAAGCAGAUUGAGAGGAAGGUAACUCUGAGUCAACAGCAGGUGUUAAUAAUACGGCAGGACUUGGAGACCGUGGAGAACAAGUGCAGCUCACUGCAGCAUGAUCUCGAUUGCUGUAAAGGCACACUGGACAAAGCAAACACCAGUGUCAAGACUGUGAUGUCCAACAUAGGCAAAAUGAAGGACAAUGUUCAGGAAAACAACAAGAAAAUUGAGGAGGCCAAGGAUCAAAAUACUGCACUGGAAGAGAAACUUCAAGAUGUAACUCACUCGACUUUUACUGAAGAGGAAAGAGCAGAGCACAUGGAGCAGUUCCUAAAAGAAGAGGAGAUGGAGAUCAGGGAGCUGGACCUCCACCUAAAUGAGGUCGUACAGGAGCUCUCCCGUAAUAGAGAGCAUCUGCAUGGCCUAAAGAGCAAAGAGAAAGAUUCUAUUACCAACAUUUCCCGGAGCAGAUACACAAUCACCUGCUUAAAAAGUGAGCUCCGAAAACUUCAGCGUGAACUCCUUAAACAUCAGAUGAACGUCAAUGAGCAAGAGUCCAACAUCAUUUGCCUGAGCAGAAAACUAGCGCGGCUGCAGGGUGACAUUAAGUUGGAAGAACUACACAUUUUCUUGAGCAAGAUCGCUGAGUUGAACAAAAUGGUAGAUGAAAAGCAGAAGACAGCAACUAUGUUGAGCCAGACACUAAAGCAAUCGGAGGACGACAUACGGUUUUUAAAGAAAGAAAUAGAAAAGUCCCGACCUCUGAAACGAUCCCUCAAUGAGAAGGUAGAGGAGCUCAUGCUGAUUGACCGUAAAAGUGACAGUGACCUCAAGAAACUGCGGCUCAAGAAGCAGGACAGCAUGGUGGAGCAAAACAUCAUAAAGCUGAAGGUGAAACGUGUGAGAGAUCAGCUGUACAACAAGGCUGAUUUUGUGCUGUCUUUGGAGAAGAGGAAGCUCGAGCUGCAGAGGGACAUAAAGGAGCGGGAGGAGGAGCUCAAGGUCUACAGAGAGAUCCAGAGCCAGAAGCUGAGGAUUCUGGAGCAGGAGAGACAGAGGAUCAGGGUUGAACUGAAUGACAAACUGGUCAGAAUUGAAGUGACAAAGAAACGUUGUGAGAUUAUGACAUUUUCCUUCGAGGCUCCAGAGGGAGAGGAGGAUAAGUGGCACGCCCACUCUAUCGUAAAGAUAGCACAAGAAAAAGAGGAGCUCAGACGCAAGGGAGACUGUCUGGACUCUGCGGUGUGCACGUUAGAGCUGGAAAACAAAGCCCUGGAGAAUGUCAUCCUGAGGUUCAGCAACAGCAACACGAUAUUCCGCAAAUCUCUCAACAAAGAAAAAGAACUGUCUCCAGAAUACCGAGAGAAAGUAAAUCUGGAGAAGCAGCUAAGUGUAGCUGCUGAUGGACUCAAGAACAGGAAACGUGAAGUGGAAGAGCUCAAAAAGGCAAUUGAGAACAUAAACUGCAGCAUAGAAAGUCUGUUGCUACAGGAGCGGACAGAGAAAGAUAAGAUUGUGUACAAAGAAUCGAUUAUCAGUAAAAUGAACCGAGAACUCAAUUCACUCCACGAGAAAAUUGAAAGGGCGUCCAGACAGUGCUCGAGGCUGAGCAAAGAGAUCCGUGCAGCAAACGACACCAAAGGAGAGACCUUCGAAGAGAAGGACAUCAAACUGAAGGAAUUAAAAGGACUGAAUAAAAACGGCAGUAAGAUGUUGCACGAGGCUCUGGAGGACAAGCCAGACUUGAGAUUAGUGUUGGAGCAGUACUUUACAGAUGCCCAACUUUCAAUCCCAACUACUACCUCAACUUCCAGCAGCCUCAGAUCAUCCAAGACAAGCUCCAGCUGA